CACUGUGGCAGCUUUACCCAUUUACGUGUUUAACCAUCAGUGAGCUUCAGUAGGUUCAGCAUGCCUGACUUUGAUGUCAUCGUCCUGGGCACCGGGCUUAAGGAAUGUAUCCUGUCCUGUUUGUUGUCCAUCAGCGGGAAAAAGGUUCUACACAUUGACCAGAACCCAUAUUAUGGAGGAGAGAACGCCUGCAUUUCACCUCUGGAAGAGCUCUAUAAGCACUUCCAGGUUCCGGGUCCUCCUAAAGGAAUGGGAUUGGGCAAAGAGUGGAAUGUCGACCUCAUUCCGAAAUUUAUGCUAUCCGAUGGACUACUGGUGAAGAUGCUGCUGGUUACAGAGGUGACGCGGUAUUUGGACUUCAAAGUCAUCGAGGGCAGCUACGUUUUCAAAGGUGGAAAAGUUCACAAAGUUCCCAUCACAGAAGCAGACACCCAAGCUUCAGACCUGAUGGGCAUGUUCGAUAAGAGGAGGUUCAGGAAGCUUCUCCUCUUCAUCCUGAACUUUGAAGAGCACGACCCCCGCACGCACCAGGACAUGGACCCGCACCGGACCACCAUGAGGGACGUCUUCCGCCAUUUCGAUUUGGGACUGGACGUAGUGGAGUUCGUUGGACAUGCACUGGCUCUGUACAGCACUGAUGACUAUCUGGACCAGCCAUGUCUGCAGACUAUCAAGCGUAUACGGAUGUACUCAGAGUCUGUGGCGCGGUACGAUCACAGUCCUUACCUUUACCCACUGUACGGACUCGGGGAGCUGCCGCAGGGCUUCGCCAGGCUGAGUGCUCAGCAUGGGGGCACAUACAUGCUGAACCGCCAUGUUGAUGACAUCAUCAUGGAGAACGGGAAAGUAGCAGCGGUGAAAUCUCAGGGCGAGCUCUUCCGAUGUAAGCAGCUGCUGUGCGAUCAAAGCUAUGUCCCCAACCGAGUGAAGAAAGUGGGACGGGUCAUCAGGGUCAUCUGCCUGCUAAACCACCCGAUCAAAAACACCCACGAUGCCAGCUCCUGCCAGAUCAUCAUACCCCAGACGCAAGCACACAGGAAAUCCGAUAUCUACGUGUGUUUGGUCUCCUCCUCUCACAACGUGGCUCCUGAAGGGAAGUACAUCGCCGUAGUGAGCACGACAGUCGAGACAAGCAACCCGGAGAAGGAAGUGCAGCCGGGGCUGGAGCUGCUUGAGCCCAUCACGGAGAAGUUUGUCUCCAUCAGUAACAUGAUGGUACCCACUGAUGAUGGAAGGCGGAGUCAGGUCUUCGUGUCACGCUCCUACGACGCCACCACACACUACAACACGGAGUGCGAGGACAUUAAAGACCUUUUCCGCCGCAUGACAGGGACAGAGUUCUGCUUCAAAGAUUUCCGCAGAAAGUGUGAGGUCGACAUGGACAAUUAAAACUGAAGAUCACAGUUCUAGAGCCUGGCUGAACACUACAGGCGAGUAAAGAAAAGCGUUUUAAUGUUGUGUACAAGAAAAUAAACUGUAAUUAAGACCCAGA